GCGCUCUCUCGCUGUCGCCGUGGUGACGACCCGGCCGCCCCGCCAGUGGCGCGGUGCAUUGUGGGCCGCCGGCCGGUGCCGUCAUGCUGCUGCUUCGGGCCUGCUCCGCGCUGCGCCCCGCGGCCAGGUGCGUGGCCGGUCGCGCCAGAGUCUCCUGCCUGCUCCGGGCCCCCGGCCGCCUCGCCCCAUGGCCCCCGGUGCUGCCUCGCGGCCCCUUGGCGCUGGGCCGGGCCACUGCGCUGCUGGGGGGGGCGGCCGUGCUGGGCGCGGGGGCUGCCCUCGCCCGCAGAGCAGCCCGCUGCCAGGAGGCGGCGAGCCCCGGCCCAGCCCUCGCCGCCCCCGCGCCAGAGCCCGACUUCGACUGGGCCGAGUUCUGGAAGUUCCUUCGCCCGCAGCUGCUGGCCCUGUCGGCAGCCGUCGUGUUUGCCUUGGGCGUGGCCCUGCUCAACAUCCGGAUCCCCAUGCUCCUGGGGGAGCUGGUGAACGUGGUGGCACGCUGCACCCAGCAGCAUGUUGGGAACUACCUGCGGGAGGUGCGCCGGCCUGCCCUCCGCCUGCUCCUGCUCUACAGCCUGCAGGGGCUGCUGACCUUCAGCUACAUCGUGCUGCUGGCGCGGGUCGGGGAGCGGGUGGCCGGCAGCAUGCGCAAGACCCUCUUCGCAUCCCUGCUGCGGCAGGACGUGGCGUUCUUUGAUGCCAACCGGACGGGGCAGCUGGUGAAUCGGCUCACGACCGACAUCCAGGAGUUCAAAUCCUCCUUCAAACUCGUCAUUUCCCAGGGCCUGCGCAGCGUCACGCAGACUGUGGGCUGCUUCGCCUCGCUCUACCUGCUCUCGCCCAAGCUGACCGGGCUCCUGCUGGUGGUGAUGCCCAGCCUGGUGGGUGCCGGCGCCCUGAUUGGCUCCAUCCUGCGCAGCUUGUCCCGCCAGGCCCAGGAACAGGUGGCCAAGGCCACAGGGAUGGCAGACGAGGCACUGGGAAACGUGCGGACCGUGCGGGCCUUUGCCAUGGAGGACACAGAGGUGGCCCUGUACUGCCAUGAGGUGGAUCGGUCGAGCCAGCUGAACGAGAAGCUGGGCGUGGGCAUCGCUGCCUUCCAAGGGCUGUCCAACGUGGUGCUGAACUGUAUCGUGCUGGGCACCAUCUUUGUGGGGGGCUCCCUCAUGGUUGGGGAAGAGCUCUCACCUGGAGACCUCAUGUCCUUCAUGGUGGCUUCGCAGACAGUGCAAAGGUCCAUGGCCAACAUCUCCGUUCUGUUUGGACAGGUCGUGCGAGGCCUCAGCGCUGGAGCCCGUGUCUUUGAGUUCAUGACCCUGGAGCCCACCGUGUCCCUGUCCGGGGGGGACCAGAUCCCCAGCCACUCCCUGCUCGGCCACAUCUGCUUCCGGGACGUCUGCUUCAGUUACCCCACGCGCCCCGGCUGCCCAGUGCUACGGAACUUCAGCCUCACCCUGCCCCCUCGCAAGACUGUGGCCAUCGUGGGCGAGUCGGGAGGAGGGAAGUCGACGGUGGCGGCGCUGCUGGAGCGUUUCUAUGAGCCCACGCGGGGGGUCAUCACGCUGGACGGGUGUGAGCUCUGCACCCUGGACCCCUCAUGGCUACGGGGGCAGGUCAUUGGCUUCAUCAGCCAGGAGCCUGCGCUCUUUGGAACGACCAUCCUGGAGAACAUCCGCUUUGGAAAGCCCAACGCGUCCGAUGCCGAGGUCUACGCCGCGGCCCAGCUGGCCAACGCCGACAGCUUCAUCCGCAGCUUCCCCCAGGGCUACGGCACCAUCGUGGGCGAGCGCGGCGUGAUGCUGUCGGGCGGCCAGAAGCAGCGCGUGGCCAUCGCCCGGGCCCUCCUCAAGAACCCGUCGGUGCUGAUCCUGGACGAGGCCACGAGCGCGCUGGACACGGAGUCGGAGCAGGCGGUGCAGGAGGCGCUGGAGCAGGCCAUGGCUGGCCGCACCGUGCUAGUCAUCGCCCACCGCCUCAGCACCAUCCAGUGCGCCGACCUCAUCGUGGUGCUGGCCCGCGGCUGCGUGGCUGAGGCUGGGACCCACGCAGAGCUGCUGCGCCGGGGCGGGCUGUACGCUGAGCUCGUCCGCAGACAGGCCACGGAGCAGCCCUGAGCAGGGACGGGUCCGGCCGAGGCGGCUGCAGGGACUGAACCUGGCUCCCGCCGGAGCUGGGCCGAGCCCACCGCAGACACAGGAUCUGUGCACCUACCUCUGGCCCUGGGGCCCUGCCCGGCCACGGCCCCCCCCCCUUCUGCUCUGCCCCCCAGGCGGGGCUCCCGGCCCCCCCUUCUGCUCUGCCC